GCCGCGCUUUCCUCCCCGAUCAUCACACCCGCUGUCUGACAGCAUGAAGCGCCUGGACAACCGGGCCGAGAGCCACCUGGCCCCGCAGGUGGAGUUCGACACCAUGGGCAACGCAGCUUGGGUGAACCAAGGCUACUGCGAGUCCCCUCCGACUUUGCCCCGAGGGAUCAGCACCAUCUACAACUCCCAGCCCCACUUCCAGGGCUCCACGGACAGCAUGUACAAGCUGGACACGGCCGGUGCAUUCCUGGAGGAGCCACCAUCAGCUGACCGCAGCCUGAUGAAGAAACAACGGGGCUGCUGCUCUUUCAUCAAAGGCUUCUGGGGAACAACUCUGACUGAAAACACUUCAAACAACAGAGAAUUGUUUGUCCGAACCACUCUGCGUGAGUUGGUGGUCUAUCUGGUGUUCCUGGUGGAUAUAUGCCUCUUGACAUACGGUAUGACUAGCUCCAGCACCUAUUACUACACUAAAGCCAUGACGGACCUGUUUGUGAACACGGGCGGUGAAAGUGGGGUUAACUUUCAGUCCAUUGGCUCCAUGGCCGACUUCUGGACUUAUACUCAGGGCCCAUUGCUGGACGGCCUCUACUGGACUAAAUGGUACAAUAACAAGUCCCUGAACAGAGGAGAACAGUCCUUUAUCUACUAUGAGAACAUGCUGUUGGGAGUGCCCAGAAUGAGGCAGAUCAAGAUCGUGAACAACUCCUGCAAGGUUCCCAAGGACUUUGAAGAUGACAUCACAGGCUGCUUCGAUGUUUACAACGAGAAGAAGGAGGAUGACCAUAGCUUCGGUGUGAUCAACGGCACCGCCUGGACUUACCACACAGAGAAAGAAGUCAAAGGUUCCUCUCACUGGGGCCUGCUGACCACGUACAGCGGAGCGGGAUACUACCAAGACCUGAGUCGCACCAAAGAGGAGAGCGCCAUCAUACUGGGGGAACUGGUGGACAACCUGUGGCUCGACCGAGGAACCAGAGCAGCCUUCAUUGACUUCUCUGCGUACAACGCAAACAUCAACAUGUUCUGUGUCAUCAGGUUGGUGGUUGAAUUCCCGGCAACUGGUGGAGCGAUCUCUUCCUACCAGAUAAGAACCGUCAAACUGAUUCGCUACAUCAACCACUGGGAUUACUUUGUCCUCGGCUGCGAGGUGGUUUUCUGUAUUUUCAUCCUCUACUACGUUGUGGAGGAGAUCCUUGAGCUACGAAUACACAGGUGCUCUUAUUUCAAUAGCAUCUGGAACAUACUGGAUAUUGUUGUCAUAAUGCUUGCCAUCGUUGCUAUUGUCUUCAAUAUUUUUCGAACCAUCAAAGUGGAUAACUUACUUGGCAAACUCCUGGAACAACCUGGUAUCUAUGCUGAUUUUGAGUUUCUGGCCUUCUGGCAAACGCAGUACAACAACAUGAAUGCAGUCAACUUGUUCUUUGCCUGGAUCAAGGUUUUCAAGUACAUCAGUUUUAACAAGACCAUGACUCAGCUAUCCUCCACACUGGGUCGAUGUGCCAAGGAUAUCCUGGGCUUCGCCAUUAUGUUCUUCAUAGUGUUCUUCGCCUACGCUCAGCUUGGAUAUUUGCUCUUCGGGACGGAAGUUGAAUCUUUCAGCACCUUUGUCAAGUGCAUCUUCACACAGUUCAGGAUUAUUCUCGGAGACUUUGAUUAUGAUGCCAUUGACAGGGCUAACAGAGUACUUGGGCCAAUCUACUUUGUUACCUAUGUGUUCUUUGUUUUCUUUGUUUUACUGAACAUGUUUCUGGCCAUCAUAAAUGACACAUACUCUGAAGUUAAGGAGGAGCUUUCUAGCCAAAAAGAUGAGCUACAGAUCACUGACAUCAUCAAACAGAGCUACAUGAAGACUUUUACGAAGUUGAAACUUAAAAAGGAGAAAAUAUCAGAUGUUCAAAAGGCACUACAAUCUGGAUCUGGAGAAAUCGAAUUCAAGGACUUCAGAGAAACUCUGAAAGAGAUGGGACAUUCUGAGCAGGAAAUCUCUGCAGCCUUUUCUCGGUUUGACCAUGAUGGGAACCAGAUUCUAGACAAAGGCGAACAAGAGAGGAUGAAAAUUGAGCUGGAGGAAAAGAGGGAUGCUCUUUGCACUGAGCUCAACCAUCUUGGAAGGCAUUAUGGGAAAGAUUUAACGUCCAAUCAGCAGAAGCAAUCCAGUCAUGCGUUUGUGGAUCAGGAACAGUUUCUAAGACUGGCCAGACAGGUUUUCCAGCUCGACAGCUCGGUGACAGGCAUCCGAUCCAGCAUCGAGUUCAUUAUGGAGAAACUGGGGUUACAAGAGAAAGGAAAGGAAACAGCAAAGAAAUUCACUGUGACCGACAACGAUGUGAGUCUGGAAAUACCCAACGACCAUAAACCCUGAUGCAUCAAAAACUUUAGCAGUUCACAUUGAAAGGUUUAAUGAAGCUAUGUAACAAAUGUGUUCUGAUAAUGCCAAAGAGGUUGUAACUCAAUAUCCCACAAUGGUUUUAUUCUUAAUUCCCAUGAAUAAAAAAAAAGGCAUAAUUUAUGACUCCUUAUCAAGAGGGACAAUACUGCCUGAGAUGGGAGCAUCCUGGUUUGUGUGGACAGAGGGACAAAGGCGGAGACGUUGUCCAGGAGAGCAGCAGAUUCCACAGGCGCCGCACACGAUUCCCGAAUGUGAUGAACCUCUGAGACACAGAAGCACGGGUUAAAGGGCCG